GAGUGUGUGGAUUUCCUGUCGUUCUUUAUCAAAGCCCCCAAAAUAAGCAGAAAUAUGGGCAGAGGGAGCUCACAGGCAACGCACCUUUUCCAUUUGUUAAUUGGGCCCUGCAGGGAGUGAAUCCCUAGCCGGGCUCAGGAGGGUGAGAGACUAAAGCCUCGGACGCCAUGAAGCUACUUCAAGUCACCUUUUUGUCCCUCUCUCUCUUCAGCCUCUGUCAUCCGGAGGAUAGCCCAGGACCUAGCACAAGGUCUACUCCUGUAGCCAUGAGUUCAACUAAGCAGACAACGAGUACAGUGCCAGGCUACCCACCAUCAGCAUCAGAGGCAGGCACAACAAGGCCAAUGACAACAACAGAAACCACUGUAACCCCAACAAUAACCUCUACGGCUGCAGGCCACAAGCUCACGACGACAGUCACAGCUAGUGUGAGAACAUCAUCGAGCAAACCUGUGACACCAACAUUCAACACAUCUGACUUCAGCUCUUCUAGUGAGAAUGCGGACGUCAAGAGCACCCUGUCAGGCAGCACCCAAGAGAACACAUUCAGCACAGUAAAUUCCAGCACGCACCUGUCAACAAUCCAAGCUUCGACCCCAUUAUCGACAAGAGCGAAUACCAAGCUAGGCCAUUCGAUCAGUGUGAAAAGCACCAACUCCCCUCUCACCAGCCCUGCUUAUUCCGGCGUAAUUUUGCCUGUGGUCAUCGCCCUGAUAGUAAUCACGCUGUCGGUUUUCAUCCUGGUGGGUUUGUAUCGGAUGUGCCGGAAGACGGACCCGGGGUCACCAGAAAAUGGAACUGACCAGCCCCAGUCGGAUAAGGAGAGUGUUAAACUGCUCACAGUGAAGACGCUUUCUCCUGAAACUGGCGAGCAGUCAGCUCAAGGGAAAAAUAAGAACUGACAGCCGGACGGAUGGUCUCCGCACCUGGGCAACUGACGCGUGUCAAAAAGUUCAUCCCGUCCUCGCCGGGAACUUUGCUCAGAGGGUGUGUUCCAACUGGGAAUUCCGGCAGAUUGACCGAGGCUCAAUCCCAGACAGACCGCAGCCCCCCCUCCCCACCGCCAAACACAAACUGCCUGCGGUUCUCGGUCUCCGGGCGAGGUCUUUGGCUUCUCGGUGGCGUUCGAUAUUUAUUAUUCUCUCAGUUUUUGCAAGCGAGGAAAGCUGCCCUCCCUUGGCACCUUCCACGUGAAGAUGACAUCAGUGGCGGUGAGAUCCCAUCCCUCUAUAGGAUGGGACCAAAGAGAACCAUUGGCGACCAACCUUCCGUUCCACUCCGUGUGCAUGUAAAAAAAAGUCCUUGGCACGUCCACAUGUUUGCUAUUUGCCGAGCUGUUCUAAUCCGCCUCUUGGUAUCAAAAUGUUCACAAAGUCUCCCCUUUUCCAGGUUCUGUCCACCAUCUUGUUCUGCUUACCCUCGUGGCUUUCCCAAAUACUAUAUCACACGGUGGAGCCGGGGGCUACGCUUCUCUGGUCUUAAAAGUGUUUGCCCUCCUUUUAGUUACCCAUUCAACAUGCUUGGCACCCUGCCACCAUCCAUUCUCCCCUCAUGUCCCAUCCAGCGGAGCCAUGUUGCAAUUCUCCGGGGCCGUGAGCCUGUUGUUCUAGAAAUUCGUUGUUGCUAACUUAAUCCGGCCGUUUCGGGACACUUUUGCAACUUCUCGGGGAGCUGGGUGCGAUUCUGCGGUAGAUCCGGUAGCCCCAGAGGAUUUCCAAGCACCGGGGGACACGACUCUCGCUCUGUGGGACUUCAGUUUGGCUCUCAGCUUGUUACUCUGCCAAAAGGCGUGCUGGUCUUCUUGGUUCCAUUUUCUGCAUCGUUGGGUCCUUUGCUGCCAGCGUAGCAGAUUUCAUUGACGACGUCCAGUUCUGGGUCGUCGAUGAAAGCCCUGUGCUUCCCUGUUUCAAUGGAUAGGCUGAUACAUAACCCGGAUUUUCUUUCAGGAUUACUCUCAACUCAGAGCACUGUACUGAAUCCUCAUAGUAGUUUAUAAUCAUCUGUCUGUCUUUAUCUACAGAGAGAGGGCUGUCCUUGGUGCCAUAUUGUACAUAUAAAUGUUUUAUUCAUUUUUUUCAUCUGCCGGGAGGGAAAACGGGGUUUCUUCUUGAACUUCUAAUAAAUAAGUUACUACCCUCAAAA